CGAAAAGCAAGGAAAGGAAGGCUUCAUGAACAUCCACGUGUCUCUGCAUAUAUAGGGGUAUGGGAGCGUAUCUAGUACAGCUGCAAUUUCUUCUACAAAAAGCAGAUUUUGGUAUGUCGUGCUUUGUCCACUGAUAAUUAAACAAUAUGGGAAAUAUAAUUAAGAGAUGUUUCAAUUGUUUCCCCAGUUCUCCUCGUAACGACGGCCAGGUAUUUAUCCGUCGUCCUUCUCCUGACAGUCCUCCUGAUGAGGUAAUUUCGGCUGAGAAGCCGGCUCCUUCCUCCGUCGAUGAGCCUCGAAAACCGGGUAAGGUCAACACAUCAGGCCGGCUGGGAGAUGAUCAUGCCGAUCAUGAUCAGAAGCAAAUAGCUGAUCACCAUCAUAAUAAUCAAGUUCAAUUUGUAGAUCAUCAUGAUCAUGAUCAGAAGAAAUCUCCGGCCACUGGAGGUCAUAAACAUGUUAUGAAUAGCAGAGAAGCAGCGGAACAAUUCAAAGGGUCGCUCUUGAUCACGGAUUAUAGUGUUCCUUGCUCCCGGGAAUGAGGCGCAUGCUCAUCCUUAUUGACCAGCCUUAUUAGUAAUAUAUUUAAUAAGGCUUUAUCUUCUUAUAUUAAUUAUAUCAAGCCU